UCCCUGGUUCGUUCCAUUCCUCGAAUCCGCCGUCUCUCUUUGGCACAUUAUAACGUGCGCUGUAUAUACUGGGCGUGGAUGUUCCCUCUUCCUUUUAUAUAUAUAGUGGCGCUUAAGGUCACCUUGGUUCAGUCGAUUCAUAUAUACUUACGUUCACGUACGGUUUUUUUCGGUUUAGGCUGAAUAAUACUGAAAACCGGCGGUUUUAUUUGUUGAGAAGAAUAUUCACAGAUAGAUUUAUUAUUGAAAAUGGUGGACACAAAGCAGGCCCUUUUGUCCCUCAUCUCCCAACCAGCUGUUGAUUCAGGUAACAAAGUUACCGUCGUGGGUGUGGGUCAGGUUGGGAUGGCCUGUGCCUUUUCCAUCUUAUCUCAGGGAGUUUCUAGCGAGGUAGUCCUAGUCGACGUCAUGGCUGAUAAACUGAAAGGAGAAAUGAUGGAUCUGCAACAUGGAGCCUUGUUCUUAAAAAAUGCGAAAAUUUUGGCCGAUACUGAUUACGCUGUUACGGCUGGCUCCAAGCUCUGUAUCAUCACUGCUGGUGUCAGGCAAAAAGAAGGGGAAUCUCGCCUCGAUCUAGUCCAACGGAAUACAGACGUCCUAAAACACAUUGUUCCUAAACUAGUCCAGUACUCUCCAGAUACUAUUAUCCUGGUAGUAAGCAAUCCGGUGGAUAUUUUAACUUAUGUUGCCUGGAAAUUGAGUGGCUUGCCUAAGAAUAGAGUUAUCGGAUCCGGUACUAACCUGGAUACAUCUAGAUUCCGAUUUUUGAUUUCCCAAAAGCUUGGAGUAGCACCUGGGAGUGUACAUGGCUGGAUCAUUGGCGAACAUGGAGAUUCUAGUGUGGCCAUCUGGUCUGGUGUUAACGUAGCUGGAGUCCGUCUAAGGGAAAUCAACCCGGCCAUUGGCACAGAAAAUGACCCAGAAAACUGGAAAGAUAUUCACAAGCAAGUGAUUCAAUCGGCCUAUGACGUAAUUAAAUUGAAAGGCUACACCUCUUGGGCAAUUGGCUUGAGUGUUGCAUCUUUGGCAUCGAGCAUACUGAGGAACUCCAAUAAUGUCCAUGCUGUAUCCACUUAUGUGAAGGGACUUCAUGGGAUUGAACAAGAUGUCUUUCUGUCAGUCCCAGCAGUUAUUGGAGAAAAUGGAAUAUCAUAUAUUGUCAAACAAAGACUCGAAUCGCCAGAAAAUGAGUCCCUACUAAAAUCUGCAGCACUUAUGGGUCAAGUCCAAGAUGGAUUAAAAUUUUAGAAAUCAUGUCGUUUUAAGUUGGCUUUAUUAGCAGUUUUAAGCUAAAAUAGGUGUUGUAGUAAAGUGUUAAAAUUUAGUCCCAAGUAUUUUCAUGUUGAUAUAGUUUUUUGUUUUGUUUUUCUUAUAUUUUGUUGCUAAAAGUGUUUUUAUAUUGUAUGUAUUGUUUCCUUAUUAUUUAAUUAAUAUUUGCAUUUUAUUGGUUAGAUUUUUCAAAAUCCAUAACUAUGUUACAAAUACAGACUUUAAAAACUUGACUACCUCUUUACAAAUAUAGCAUUUUUGAUAAAAAUUCGAUAUCUCUUAUAAAAAAAUCAUUAAAAAAAAAUCGAUUUCGAUUUUACAUUUUCAACUUUUAAAAUUUUUUAUACGUAAAUUUUAAUCAAAAUACUCCAGAAGCAUAUUUUUUGUAUACAUUAUAUAUUAUUACCAUUCUCAGUAAUUAUAGUGUCGUCAUGUUUGUCUAUUUAUAUUAUAGAAACGUAUAUUACUGUUUUGCCGAAUUUGUUUUCUUGUUUAAUAAAAUUGUUUUUUUU